AUGAGCAUCAGCACGUUCAAUUUUCAAUUUUAUAACUACAAGCUGCCCACGACAACUCCGAACAUGGGCUCCUCUACCACUACCAUCGGAUCCGGCUCUUCGUUCAUCAGUGAACUGGAAAUGGACAUUGACGAUGAUGGCAUGUCCAGGCCAUCCAUCACAUCAACGCCCAAGCCACGUUUCACUAGCGAAAUCACUAGACCAGCCCAGCCAGCCCAGCCAGCCGCUCUUCAGGCUCUCCGUCCACAACUUCAUACGCCACAGAAACGUUGGUCCAUGGAACUGCGCGAGAAGGUUUUAGAAAUGUCCAAACGCAACAAUGGCUCUGAUGGCGAAGAAGAGUCAAAACCGCAGCAGCAGUUAACGUCAGUCCAGUUACAGGGACAGGGACAGACACAGGCACAGGAACAAGGAGUAAUGGAGGAACAAAGCACUACUCGCAGUGUCAGCGACAAAAUUAACUUCUUCAACAAGCUAACCAACACCUUUGAGUCCUUGCGGCCCACUGUGGCCACAUCCACUGGACAGAACAACAACACUUGCUUCAUUUCUCUAUUGCGCUCCAGUCGACCAAUGAAUAUAGCUACCACCAACAGUAACGCUUCUGCUGCCAUCGGGCAAGUGCCACCACCUAAACCCAAGCGUCUAUCAGCAGCUGCCCCAGUAAUGGGAGCACACGCAUUCCCAUUCGCCACGCCCACACCCAUUUCCAGCGGAAUGGGUGCUCAACGCAAGUGCUCACUACGCCGCAAGCCAUCCAUGGAGAAGUCAUCCCGUUCCACAAUAGCUCGUCAGAAUUCGAAUGCAUCGAUGCGGCCACAACGUCAUGCCAUGAUGGAGGAUCUCAGUCUGGUGGUGCCAGUUCGAUUGCGCAUUGCCGAAUACGAGCAGCGCAUUUCAAUGAGUGCCUAACCAACAACAAAUUAGCGGCAAGCAAUCUACUGCCAAGCAUGUACCAUAUUCCCAAGGACAAACUAAACUAAACUAAACUAGUUACUAGCGUUUAAUGUAAUACUUUAAAAGUCAAUUUAAUAAACAAAGAAUGAAAAAGAAAAGAGAGCAGAACUUUUAA